CUUUCAUUUUUACAUGUAAUUUCUGUAUGACUCUGUCAUACAUAGUUAUUUCCAAAGACAAACAGAACUCUUUUCAAAUGAGACUGCAGCAGAAACAACUCUACUUUGAGUUACAUUGUUCCCUCUGGCACUCAAGAGACUUUAAGUUUUUACUUCAAGUGUCACAGCAAACAGCAUGGUUAAUAAUCUCUAUUGUAUUAUUUCACCUUGAACAUGCCCUGUAUGUCAUCAGAUUAUAGCCACAGGUUUUAAUGAGGGCUUAGUUACAUUUUCAUUAACCAUUAACAUAGUCCUCCAAAAUACAAAUGCUUAAAAGCACAAAAGAUAGUAAGUAAUAGUUACAGCUGAAAUGAAACCAUAAGUUUACAUUCAUUGCACAAAACAGAAUAAGAACAUUUUAAAAAAAGAUUCUUGCUGUCUGAUAUUAGAUCAGACUAAACAUUUCUUGUUUUCAGUCAGUUUGGGUGACCAUAUUAAAUUAUUUAUUUUUACUAUAUAACAGAGUAAUGACAGAUAGAGCUUUUCCAAAGUUUCCAAUUUACCAAAAGCUGUUCACUACAGUUUUCUGGAAUUUUAACUCAAAUCCUCCUGACAGAACUGAGUCGGGUUUGAUGGCCCAUACACAGCUUUUCAGCCCCGCCCACAUUCUUAAAAUUACUUUGAGAUUAGGGGAUAUAUAUAUAUCCAUUUCAGACCAUGGAAGUCUAUAAUGAAGCCACUUUCACCACAUUGAGAGACAUUCCCACAUAUCUAAGCAGAUUUUUGUGGUUCAGUAUAACAAGAACACUGUGGCUACUAACUACAGGGUCCGUUUUAUGCUUCUGGUUCUCCUUGUUGGGUUUCUUGGGCUUAGCUGUUUGGUUUAUUGGAUUGGUCUCUUGCUCUCAUUUCUUCUCUUCACAUUUUGAAGCUAAACUUUCAACCUGGUUAUGAGGCAGUAGUGUGAUUUUGGUCAGGAGUUUAUUUCGUAUUAUUUUAUGAAGUAUAUAUGCUCAGGUUUAUAUUAGGGAUUUUAUGAUUAUUUAUGAACGGUCAUUGAUCAAACAUGAAUGUUUUGUGUUGAAGUGUCCUUUAAAAUUUGUAAGUUUUUUUUUUUGUUGGUCUUUUCUGUUACGAGUCUUCAGCUUCUUCCUUCUUAUACUGAGUAUCAUAAAUAUCUAACCUAACUUUUUAUUAAAUUUCUGUUUGUUCAAAAAACGUAAUUCCUUUAGGUAAUUCGUUUCAAUAAGUGUUCUGGGAAGGAAGGCAGGACACAAUUUACAGUUUUGGAAAAAUUGGACUUCUGGCAGAAAAAAAGAAAUCACCAUUUUGUUUCCUCUUUAUUUUUCUGCUAUCAUUUCUUUCCGUUUUAUUGUUCUGUGUUUUUGUCAAUUCAUUUCAAAUGGUUCCUGUUCCUCUCAUUCAAAAUCAUCCACUCUCUACCUAUAGAUGCAUUUGUUUUGUUGUAUAGUUUGUCUUUCCUUCACCUUAUUUUUUGAUAAGCCACACAAUCUAGUCCAAGAACACACACUUACCUGCUUAGAUGACUAAGAAGGUAAAUAUCACUGCUAAACUGAAGGAUUAUAAAAUAACUAAAGGUUACCUAUUGCUUAAGGCUGAAGCAGUUUAUAGUUACAGCAGCUUUUAUUCUAAGGGGGAAAUGAAAUGAAAUACAAGGCAAAAGUCAAUUUUAAUAAUGUAGAGUUUCCAUAAAAGCCAAACUUCCCAGAAACCAAACAGGUGAUGGACUCUAAACUGUAGAUAGAACACAUUAAAGUAGGGAUGACUCAAGCACUGAGUCACUUUUGCAACAGUAGAGGCAGAGAAAAAAGCCUAAAAAUCAAGAGUGACUGUUUUUGGGGUGGGAGCAAUAUUACAUAAACGGUAAUGAAACCUAUUUCACCUGCUCGAUGGGUCCCAAACUGGCGGUUUCCAACCUGCUGUGAAGAUGCUGGAAGACAUUAAAGCUCAGAUGACUCCAACCCAGAACCACCUGUGUGUGUGAGUAAUAUCCCCUGCUGCUUGGAGAAUGCAAGCUGCUUUGUGGGACAUAGAGGCAAAAGUACAUCAACCUAAAACACUUCCGUCAUUACAGAGCUGUGGGUGGUACAUUUACAGUUAAAACCAGAGGUUCACGUGCACUGUGAAAAGACAUAUACAUUUCUUCACACUGUCUGAUGUGAAAUCAGAAUAAACUUUUCAUGUUUUACCAACACAUUUUCUAUUUGCUAACUGCCAGAAUAAUGACAGGGAUAAUGUCAGGGUUCCUGUGUGCGUGUGUGCGAGUGCGAGUAACACAUCUCUUCCAGCGAGGAUCUUGGUGGAGAGCCUGGGCAGCCUUCACAGGUGGAGCUCAUCAGUCUCAUCAGAGUGUUGGGGAUAAAGGAGCAGCAGAGCCUUCACUCAGUGCUGGAUGAUUAACGUCUACUGGUUUUUGUCACUGGAUCUCUAGGAAUCGGUUCAACCGUUUUCUCCUCCUGUGAAACUCCCCAGCAAGUACCUACCUGCCUGCCUGCUCCAUCGUUCCCCCCCCCAUCUCCACUCCGCUCAGUCAGACCCCUGGCUCUCGGUCACCGCCUACCUCGCACUCGCCUCCAGAAGCUCCAUCUCCAUUCUCCACACAGGACCCCUGGGCACCUUUCUCCCACGCUUCACCAAGUCCAUUCGAAAGACUUGGUCCGUAAUGUUGACAGUCCUGGUCCACGUGCUCCUGAUGCUGCUUGCUGUUCAGUGUUUGCGACCUGAAGCUCUCGUUCAUUCAGGCGCCCUGGACGUCCCCUGGCAGGAUGAGGUGUGCUGCGACUCACCUACUGCCAACGCUUAUAUGGAAGAAGGGACAAGUCAGUCUGAUUUAAACCUCCCACUGUCUCCACGCUGCAAAUUUAGGAGCUCCUCAGCUGAAUCAAAACCUCUAGUCUCUCUAGGCGGCACUUGUUUGGACAUACUGUGCAGAUUUGAUGAACCCUGGUCAAAUUUAACUUGUGAUCUUAAGUUCAGUGGCCUGUCAUCUGGUAUAAUGAAGCCCAGUUGUUUGGCAGUCAGCCUCCAGCAGAUUUCUCUGGAAAACGACACAGAUUACCAUGCAUCUGAACAUAAGGCUGUGUGUGACGCAGAGGAUUCACUCAUGUGCUCAAUUCAUCUCAAUUCAACAAGAAUCUUUGCUGUUCGGCUAACGGUCAAUGUCUCCAAUGUUUUGGCUCCACCAGUUUUGCUGAAAAUUUCUCCCAGAUCUGUGAAACCAAGUCCCCCAUUCAACCUGUCACACAUUCAAACUGUGGAGGGAGAUCUCAUUCUCAGGUGGAAAGAACCAUUAGACUUUAGUGAUAAUUUACUGGCCUAUGAAAUCCGAUAUUCCCAUGAAAAUACCAACAAGAACACCCACAAAAACUGGCAGGUGGUGUCUGCACUUGAACAGCUCAAUGUUUCACUGGAGUUGAAACCCUUACUGAAGUACACCAUCCAGGUCCGCUGCACCACCCAAACUCAGCCUGUACUGUGGAGCGACUGGAGCGACCCCUACCAUAUUUACCUGAACAAUGUGAGCUAUAUCCCUCAACAGGUAGUGGCACGAGCUGGUGAUAAUGUAACGGUUUAUUGUGUGCUAAACGGCCAGAGCGCCAACGCAAAUACGGCCAUGUGGUCCCUCAACCGAAUGGUGCCGCUUGAUCCCAGGUUGUAUCAUCCUGUCAACCAGCGGGUCAGCCAAAUCACAUUCACAGCUUCAGAGACUGGGUUGUAUGACCUACUGACCUGCACACAGGAGUGGAAUAUUCCUUAUAGCAAGAUCUAUGUGGAAGGAGGUUUCAUCAACAUCACGUGUGUAACCAACGGUGACAUUGACACUAUGACCUGCAGAUGGGAGAAUAAAGAGUGGGAAAAAGUCAAAUUGCGGUCCAAGAGUGCUGAGAUGUCAUGUGACGAGAUGGAGGAAAGGGUGAGAGGUGGCGAGGACGUUGGUGAGAUGGGACAUGAAUGCAUGCCAGUCAAAUCUACAGAGAAAGUCUGCACUUUCCACCCUUUGAAGAUGAAUUGCUACAAACUGUGGCUUGAAUUGCAUCAAGGUCCCAUCAGGUGCAAACCUGUCUAUGUGUCACCCAUAAAUCAUGUAAAACCUUACCCUCCCACUGAUGUGAUGGCGCUGAGCCGGAGCAGUGGGAUCCUGAGGGUAACUUGGAAACCGCCUUCUCUGCCGGUCGAAGGCCUGCAGUGUCAGUUUCGGUACUACUUACUCGGUGUUUUAGAGAAAUGGAAGUUUGAGAAGCCUGUGUGGGUUUCCUGGGCCGAGGUUGAGGUACCAGACAUGUGCCAGAUCUACGUGGUUCAAGUACGCUGCAUGCACACCAGUGGGAUCGGAUACUGGAGUGAAUGGAGUGAGUCUGUCCACUCCACCGCUCAAAACAGCAGAGCUCCUGAACGUGGGCCUGAUUUCUGGAGAAUACGUCACGAUGACCCGUACAGAAACCAGUCUAACAUCACUCUGCUGUUUGAGUAUUUCUCAGCAAAUUGGAAUACCUACUGUGUGGAUGGAUUUAUUGUCCAGCACCAGGCCUUGAAUGGAACUGUGCUGAGGAGGCAGAUCGACAUGAUGUCCUCCUACAGCUUUGAAUGGAAUCAGGAGCUCCACAUUGUGACUGUGAAAGCCUACAAUAUUCUGGGGAGCUCUGUUAACAACGUCAACAUGACGCUGGAGAAACAACCUAAACGCCGCUGUGUGCGUUCAUUCCACGUUUUGGUUAUAAACAGCACUUGUGUAUCUCUGUCCUGGAGCCUGUUGCAUAUCAGCACUGUCCCACUCUUCAUGGUGGUUCAGUGGUUCCCAAGGAAGCAGCAGGACUUUGAAGACUUUGGCCUAAGUGGAAAAACGUGGGCCAAACUGUCCUACACCGAACCUCCUACCCAGUUACGAGGAGAUUUCUUUAGCUCAAAGGAGUAUACCUUCCACUUGUACCCUGUGUUUGCUGAUGGAGAAGGAGAACCAGUUGUUGCAAUAGUUAAGACAGGAAAUCCUCCAGCUUACAUGAUGCUGAUGUUCAUCUCCCUCAUUUGCAUUGCAGUGUUUGUGACCCUGGUUCUCUCCCAAAAUCAGAUGAAAAAAUUUGUGUGGAAAGAUGUUCCAAACCCGAACAAGUGCUCAUGGGCAAAAGGACUAGACUUUAAAACGAUGGACGGCUUUGAGUACCUGUUCCGACCUCCAGAGGGUCUUCAAGCCUCUCCGCUGCCCCCUGAGAAGAUCUCUAAAGUUACUGUUGUGAAUAAAACUCUGACAAAGGCCUUUGUCCAAACCCCAACACUCUUGUCUCCCCCCUCUGUUGUUGCUUCAACUAACUCCUUUCUGCCUUGUUUGGACCCAAGGACUGGCCAGUUGCUGGAGUGUGAAACGGCCCUCGGUGGUGACACUAGUCCAGAUCCCUUAACUACUUCACACCUAACCAUAAAUAAGCUACAACCAGCCAAUGUCUUGGUGGAGCAGAGUUCAGGAAUCACUAACAGCUCAGCCCAGUCUUCGGUCACAUACUCCAAGGUCCUGCACACUGAUACAAAUCCAGAUCAUCCACCUCUUCAUCUCCACUACAAGGAGGGAAGUAGGAGCAGCUACAGUGAUGAGGGAAACUUCUCAGCCAACAACUCAGAUAUCUCUGAAACUUUCCCUGGUGGAGUGUGGGAAGUUGACAGCUAUCGUGGUACAGAAUCGGAUGAUCCAAGGCAAUCCUACUCCUAUAACUCUGAAAAAGAGCUUUCUGACGCAUCAGAGCAAGAAGAUGACGUAGAUGUGGGUCAAAAGAAGGCCUUGCACUAUCUCAACAUCGGACAUCCACCAGAGGAUGAAGAAAAUGAGGAGGAGGAGUCACAAACUGAGCUUCUGAAAAGCACACAUUUGAUCAGAGAGGACUAUUCCGUAGAGUUGUAUCCUUUGCUCAACCCAGAUGAGUUGAUGGAUCCCAAGACGCUGGUGCAAGUGUCGACUUGUAGUUUUGCCUCUUUGUACAUGCCUCAGUAUAGGAAGCCUGACGUAAAUCACAUUCCGCACACAUGACAGCAAACCUUAACUCUCAUCAAAGCAUGUGCCAAUGUUGUGAAGAGUCGUACUUUGCCAUUUCACACAAGGUUUCUACUGUGCAACAGCCUGUGAAAAAUGAGUAGGAACCCUGUUAUCAAAGCCAUUGGUAACCAAAGUCAUUCAUCCUGUGUGCACUUUGUAAGCAAAGAAAGCUGAUAUUUGUGGUGCAACAAAAGAUUCCAAAAUGGCACACUUCUCAUGGAAAAAAAUAAUUUCUUCAUCUAUUUCUUUCUGUACUGAGGUUUAAAUUGGAUAUUCCUCUGUCUGUAAAUCAGAGUUGAUCAAUUUUGGUGACUGAUACAGAAGUUCUCAAAAGAAAAUCUUAAGUUUAGCAAACCGAUUGCAAAUUAAAGAGGUUUCAGACAGAGGAGGUUUAUGUUUGGUUACAAAGUUUACAGCCAGCGCAUUUACUAACGGUCUGAAAUAAAGUGAUCUGCAGCUCUUUAUAGUCUGUGUUGCAUUUUUUCUUAUCCUUUUAUAUUUGUUAAACUUAAAGUUUGCUUUAGAGAGAGCUGCACAGAGCCAUAGAAAGCCCAUGCUGUGCCUCUUUUGGCUUCCUUAAAGCACGUUUGACACCGAAAAGGAGAAAAACAUCCAAAAUCUUGAAAAUGUGAAUUACAACAGGUAAAUUUUGGGGGCAUUUUUGUUCAGUUAUUGGCAGCUUUUGCUUUUAUUCCCUAUAUCAACUGAACCUUGUGCUAAGUUUAACUAUUUGUGUAUUUUGUGUCGUAAUGUAUUUGGGGUUUGGUUUAAAUAUGUGAACAAUGUAAAAUUUUUCUUGAACGUUGAAAUGAAAUUUGUUAAAGACAAACGAAUGUUUUGAUCUACUUAAGAUGGAUAUAACAAUAUUGUAAAUAUAGAAAAUUGAUUCACUGUAAAUAUUUAUGGAGAUGUUCUGUCUAUUUUUCAUUGUGACAAUAAAGAAUGUAUUGUG